AAAAUGACAAAGAAAGUGGUUUCCACCUAAAACCCAGACUGCCAUUUAUUCCUUUAUUUCUCACAGUAGCAAUAAUCCCAUUCCAAAACUCUAGACAAAAAGAAGAAGACGACGUCUCGCCUUUGAAUAUUCAUGGCUUCUCAUCUUACCAUAUCCUUUAACACUCCUCCCAAGAAGUUCCCUUCAUCUCCUUUCUCCAAAGCCCACCUAUUCUCCUCAUCAACAUCCACUACUUUGAUCAAAAUCAACAUCAAGACCAAGAACCUCCUCUUCCCAACACAUACAAGAUGCUCCUCUGUUUCAAGUUUGAGUACUACUCUGGAGAAUAUUAAUGAAACACAACUGGUUUUCCAGGAAGAUGAGAGGCUUCUUUGCGAAAUCUGGAAGGAAAUUCAGGGCUGCAAUGACUGGGAAGGCUUAUUGGACCCCAUGAAUCCUCAUCUCCGCAGAGAAAUCAUCCGCUAUGGAGAGUUCACCCAAGCUUGUUAUGAUUCCUUCGACUUUGAUCCUGAUUCUAAGUACUGUGGCACCUGUAAGUACCAGGGAGCUCAUUUCUUCGAGAAGCUGGACAUGGCAGACAGGGGAUACCAAAUAAGCAGGUACCUAUACGCCACCUCGAAUAUCAAUCUCCCGAAUUUUUUCCAGAAAUCCAGGAUGAGCAAAAUAUGGAGUACCCAUGCAAACUGGAUAGGAUACGUGGCUGUCUGCACUGAUGAAGAGGAGAUCAGACGGCUGGGACGGCGGGACAUAGUCGUUGCCUGGAGAGGCACGGUUACAUAUCUUGAAUGGAUCACGGAUCUCAAGGAUAUCCUCCACUCUGCUAACUUCGGCGGCGACCCUGCCAUCAAAAUCGAGCUGGGAUUUUAUGACUUGUACACCAGGAAAGAAGAAAGAUGCAGAUACUGCGCCUUCUCUGCUCGCGAACAGGUGUUAGCGGAAAUCAAAAGGUUGCUUGAGUACUACGACGGAGAAGAAAUAAGUAUCACUUUUACAGGGCACAGUCUCGGCGCUGCUCUGGCGACAGUUAGCGCGUAUGAUAUUGCGGAAUUGGGGCUUAAUUUGGUCGACGGUGGUGCUAAAAUUCCGAUCACGGUGUACUCUUUCUCAGGUCCUCGAGUGGGUAAUCUGAAAUUUAAGGAGCGGUGCGAGGAAUUGGGUGUUAAGGUUCUCAGGGUGAUCAACGUGCACGAUAAGGUGCCGACAGUACCGGGGAUCAUCGCCAACGAGAAGGUUCAAUUUCAGAAGUACAUCGAAGAGACGAUCUCUUUCCCCUGGAGCUACGCCCACGUCGGGGUGGAAUUGGCGUUGGAUCAUACCCAUAGUCCGUUUCUGAAGCCGACGAAGGAUCUCGGCUGCGCGCACAACCUGGAGGCGCAUUUGCACUUGGUGGAUGGGUACCACGGGAAAGAGCGCGAGUUCCGCCUGGCGACCAAGAGGGACAUUGCGUUGGUUAACAAGAGCUGUGAUUUUCUGAGGAGCGAGUACGGCGUGCCGCCGUAUUGGCGGCAGGAUGAGAACAAAGGGAUGGUGAGGAACGGGGAUGGGCGUUGGGUUUUGCCGGAAAGACCCGUAGUGGACUCGCAUCCCCCGGAGACGGCAUUCCACCUCGAGCAAGUGCUUGGAAGGAUCGGCCGCACUUCUGCCAGUCAAUGAGGUAAUUUAAUGCUUUUGUUUGACUUGAAAUGUACAUUUUGUUUAUACUUUAGUUGUAGAAUAAUAAUCUCUUUGCCCCUAAUGUGUUUUUAUUCUAAUAUAAUGAGUCAUAUAUG